UUUGGAAAUGAUGGAAAGGGCCCGUUGGAUCUCCACUGGAUCGGCUUUGACCAUUCCCGACUCUAACGCGGAUAAAAACUCCUCACGCACACCUGCGCACACACACACAGACACACACACACACACACAGUGUUGCAUAGGCCGCGCACUGAGCCUCUGGAGCGCCUCUGUAUACCUGUUUGCAACCGCUGUAGGCCCCCAAUCGACAGCCGUGUUUCCGGAAUGGCCACGAGCUGGUCCAUGUCGUCCUCGUCCCACGAGUGGGGCUCCGCUACGGGCGUUUCCUCCACCGAUGAGUCAAACGAUGACCUCUCCAUCAUGGCCAGUGACUGCCUCCUCAACGUUCCCAGCCGAACAGCCAUCGUGCUCUUCUCGUUAGUCGACGGAUGCUGCUUCAAGUUGGCUCAGUGCUGCAACACACAGGCGACCUCAUUCACGCGCACACCCAUCCGUUCACGCGGCACACCUGAUGGGCGACACCUCUCGAGGGGUGACACGUUGGCUGCUCUAUGGAGCCUGGGUCACUCCUCCGCGUCUGACUCAACGCUCCACGCCCGUGUGUUGACUAUCGAUAUCGUGAUGUGAAAAAUAGUAUCAAUUUGUUGCUUUCCUUCCUUCUUUCGCCCGUGAAUUCCGGGAGCGGAGGGAGAGG